AUGGAUCCGAUUGGAUCGUCGUCGACGGCGACCACAUCGUCACAUCACAUUGAAGCAUCGAAUGCUUCAUCAUUGACUACUGACGUUUCGCGCCUUCAUGAAAAACAAUUUCUGCUAUCUUGCGAACGCGGAGACAUCGGCAGCGUUCGCAAAUUGCUCGCCAAUAUCGAUCACGAGAAAUUCAACAUUAACACACUCGAUCCGCUGGGCAGAAAUGCUCUUCUGAUUGCCAUUGAGAAUGAGAAUAUUGAGAUGAUCGAAUUACUUCUCGACCAUAAUAUCGAAACGGGCGAUGCGAUAUUGUACGCGAUCGGUGAGGAGAACGUCGAAGCCGUUGAGAUAAUCGUCGAGCAUCUUGAGAAAAUGGAUAAGUUUGAUGCCGAGAGGCAAGGCGUCGAGAUUACUGAGCAUUCGGCGUUCACACCGGAUAUUACUCCGAUCGUUCUAGCAGCACAUAAAAAUAAUUAUGAAUGUAUUAAAUUGUUUCUCGAUAAAAAAGGAUCUGUUCCGCAUCCGCAUGACGUCCGAUGCUACUGUUCCGAAUGUUGCGUGGCUCGAACCGAAGAUUCUUUGCGUCUUUCGCGUUCUCGCAUCAAUGCCUAUCGAGCUCUCACAUCGCCAUCGCUUAUAUGCCUUUCGGCUCGAGACCCAAUCUUGUAUGCGUUCGAGUUGAGCUGGGAAUUGCGGCGGCUCUCCUACAUUGAGAACGAAUUUCGAUCAGAUUAUGAAGAGCUCUCGCAAAAAUGCCAAAAAUUUUGUGUGCACAUGCUUGAUCAGGUGCGUGGCUCCAAAGAGCUUGAAAUCGUGCUCAAUCACACGACAAACGCCUGGCAUGAUGUGACGUCAGCAAAUAAUGGAGGCACCGAACAGCUGGCACGGCUGAAAUUGGCGAUUCAGCUAUCACAAAAAAGGUUCGUAGCCCAUCCCAACUGUCAACAACUACUUCUUGAUAUUUGGUAUGAUGGUGUUGAAUUCGUCAGAAGCACCAAUUUUUUUUAUAAAAUCAUGUUCUACGUGAUCGGAAUGAUGUGUUUUCCGUUGUUCUCAUUGAUAUACUGGAUUGCUCCUCACUCGUUCAUGGGUAAAUUUGUGAAGAAGCCGUUCAUCAAAUUCCUUUCACAUUCCGGCAGCUACAUUUUCUUUCUAAUUUUGUUGAUAAUGGCGAGUCAACGGCUGAACGUCAUCGACAAUUUGUUUCGCGGCGAAAUUGUGGAUCGCAAAGAGACUCGCGGACCACCGCCAACAAUUAUUGAAUGCGCCAUAUUCUUAUGGGUUCUUGGUUUAAUAUGGGUUGAAAUCAAACAAUUAUGGGAUUGUGGUUUGUUUACUUACUGCCGAAAUUUAUGGAAUAUUCUCGAUUUUAUCACAAAUUCCUUGUACUUAUGCACGACAGCACUUCGAGUCGUGUCCUAUGUUCAGGUUGAACGAGAAGCCGCCGAUCCGACCAAGUUGCACGUGGCUCGGCAUUUGGCGCGACGCGAUUGGGAUGGUUGGGAUCCGACACUGGUCAGCGAAUGCUUCUUCGCGACCGCCAAUAUUUUUUCGUCGCUCAAAUUGGUCCAUAUUUUCACUGUCAGUCCGCACUUGGGACCGCUGAAAAUAUCAUUAGGACGUAUGGUUAUUGAUAUCGUCAAAUUCUUUCUCGUCUACGCUCUUGUUUUGUUCGCAUUCGCCUGCGGGCUUAAUCAGCUUCUUUGGUAUUAUGCCUCAAUGCGGCAUGCCGAAUGCGAGCUAUUCGAGAAAUUUAAAAAUGAUGCUGCUUUGGCUGUCCAGUAUGAGCAGUACAAAGACUCUUGCGACGAUAAAUAUAAGGCUUGCGCCAGUAUCUAUCACACGGCAGAGACCUUAUUCUGGGCGCUGUUCGGCUUAGUGGAUUUAACCCAUUUUCGAUUGAAGGAAGACCACAUGCUGUCGGAAUGGACCGGCAAAACAAUUUUUGGAAGCUAUUGCUGUUGCUCAAUUAUUGUACUUUUAAACAUGCUGAUUGCUAUGAUGAGCAACUCAUAUCAGUAUAUUUCGGAUCAAGCGGAUAUUGAAUGGAAAUUUGCGCGAAGUCGUCUUUUCUUGGAGUAUUUUGAUGAUACUGCAACACUGCCGCCGCCAUUCAAUAUAAUCCCAACACCAAAAUCAAUUUAUUAUUGCAUACGAUACUUGACGGAUCAAUUUUGCGAGUGCUCGAAAUUUUUGCAAAAUGGAAAACAGAAAAGCUUGAGAAACCAAAAAAUUUUGCGCGUCGUUAAUGAUCGAGAGAAUAAUUAUCGGUUUGUUACACGCAACCUUGUUCAAAGGUACAUCGCGCAAAUGCAGCGCGUCAAGCAGCAGAGCGAAGGCGUCUCCGAAGACGACGUCAACGAGAUCAAGCAGGAUAUCAGCGCGUUCCGCUACGAGCUUCUCGGCAUUCUACGAGGCGCCGGAUUCCAGACGGGACACACCGAUAUCAAUCAGAAGGCCUACUCUCGCAACAAAAAGAAGACGGCGAUGGCGGAGCGUCGUUUGAAAAAUGCGGGCCUUCAGAAUGAUCUGCCAGUGCCGGAGAUGUUCAAACCGAUGAGCCAACGCAAUAUGAGCGUUACAUCGUUAUCAUCGAAUGGCAAAUUGAAAAACCCAUUCCACUUGCAUACUCCCAAAAUCAGUUGGAAUAAUAUCAAGAAGCGCGUGAACACCAAUCGACGAAUGUCAAAGAGCAAAUCAAUCGACGUGACACAUUUGGACGUUUCGAAUCUUCCGACUCGAUCGAAUAUCCGACGAGCGCCGCUGCAGAAGCAAUGCCACGCGAGUUUUGAUAUCUCGAGCGUCGACAAUGAUACCGAUGAACUAUUGUGA